CAAAUAUAGAUGAGAUAUUAUAUGUAUCUCGUAUUUAGGAGUUGUACUUGUUCUCACAUGGCAAAGACACCAAGGUCAUGUGAGUACAUGUGUUCACUGUUCAAUUUUUCCUCCUUAAUCUUCAGUCAAACCUCCCUUGAUCCCUCUUUCAAAUCCACAUCUACAUUAUUCAAAUAAUUAAGCAGACUUAAUCAUUGAAAAAACAAAAUAAAUAUUCGAUAUUCUUACUAUUUAUCCAACGCAUCUCCCGAUCGAUGUGAAUAAUAUUUUAUAUGCAUAAUGCAUGUUCAUUAUCUAAAUCUUUCUUCAUCUUCCAUAGGUUCCUUCCUUCUUCUCUUCUUACAUCUCUGUAAUUUGUCUCCUUCUCAACGUGUCCAUGUGGUCUUCUUACUUCAUCCCUUCUCUCUCUCUCUCUCUGUCCUUUAUAUAAAUGUUAUAACCUCAUCUUCACUUCUCUCUCACAAAGUCCACUUGCUCUAUACACGUUGCUUUGUUUGUAACUUCAUAACUAGCUCCAUUGUUACAUAGUACGAUCAUGGUAUCAGCAGAAACGGCGACAAUGGCUGAGGCUGAACCGUCGACGACAGGGCCUCGCAUUUCCUUCUCAGCGGAUUUGUCAUCAUCAGAUAGCGACGGAGAUUUCAUCUGUAUCAACCCUGUGAUGAAUCUCAUUGUGGGUAGAGAAGAAAAAGACAAGAGCUCAGUGAAAGCCGGAGACUUUGAGUUUCUGUCGGAAAAUGCAACGAUGCUUAGCGCUGACGAGUUGUUCUCCGAAGGAAAGUUACUUCCUUUCUGGCAGGUUAAGCAUUCAGAGAAGCUUAAAAACGUUACAUUGAAACCAAAAGUCGAAGUCCAACAAGAAGAAGAAGAUCAUAAAGUAGUGAACGAGGAGGGUUUUGUUCAUAACAAGGAGCAAGAGAAUAAUAACAACAACAACAACAACAACAACAACAGAGGAAGCUGGUUUCUUGACGACGACCCUUCUCCACGUCCACCAAAAUGUACUGUGCUGUGGAAAGAGCUUUUGCGGCUGAAGAAACAGAGGACUACCACGACUACGACGGCUUCAACGAGGGUAUCGUCUCUCUCGCCGUCUUCUUCUUCAAGCUCGACAUCGUCUUCUUCGAGUUCGAUUGGCGAUGCGGUGAAGAAGGAGGAGAGAGAGAAGGAAGGGAAGAGAGGUAAGAAAGGGUUAGAGAGAACGAGAUCUGUGACUAUGAGGAUAAGACCAAUGAUUCAUGUUCCUGUUUGUACUCCGUCUAAGUCCUCUUCUCGAUUGCCUCCUCUGUUUCCUCUAAGGCUCCAGAAAAACAGAGUUGAGAGAUGAACUUGAUCAACAUAUCUGUUUAUCUUUUUGUGACUUAUAUAUCUGUUUAUCCUUUGGUUGGGUUUUUGUGAUUAGAUGGAUCUUUGUGAUUGAGAUCUGAGGUGUGACAGUGUAAAUGUGAUGGGCAUUUUCAUACCCGAAAACAAUAAGAAAUUUCAUCAUUGAACACAUCCAUUUUUAUGCUUUUUCAUUAUGUAUUUGGAUUCGAAAGUCUUGUUCUUUGUUGUGUAUCUCUGUCAGUAUCUAAGCCUAAAGUUUUCAAAGGUUUGGGUUUAUUAG